UGAUGAAAGCAGUGUCGCAGUGAGCUACGUGGGAGGAGCAGAAAACUUUGUGAGAGGUGUAAUGCGGACCAACAGCUGCCAGUCAGACAGCAGUGGCUUUCUAGAAGAGCCCUUUAUACCACUGGUCCCUCAUUUGGCAUCACCAGGAUCUGAAAUCAUCAAGGCUCGCUCAGGCUUUUCAGAAAUGAAUGGUGACAAUCAGGGCAGUGAGAAACCAGAGUCUUCUGCUUUUUCUCCUCAUACUGACAAAUCUCCCAUCCCUGCCUCAACAAUGACCUCUUGUGGUGUUAAUAAAUAUCUCCCUUCCUCAACCUGCCCUUCACCAGAUUCUACUAUAGACUCGAGCUCUUCCAUAGCUUCUGCCUCACUGCCUCUCUCAAGUUGUGACCUGCAAAUUGCAAACACUGAAACAGCACCAAAUCAGGAUCAGUCUCCACCCGCUUCAAUACAAAGUUUUUCUUCUGGUCCCAUAUCGUCUCAGCUUCCCACUUCUCCCCAUUUACCUCACUCUGCUAAUAGUGAGAUCUGUUCUCCACCCACUUUGGUAUCUCCCAAAUUAAUCAAGUUAAUCUCACAAACUCCCGAAAGCAACAAAAACAAAUCUUUUUUUCUAGAUUCUGAUGGAAUAAGUUUUUCAAAGUCAACUACUGGUACACAAAAAGAAGAGGAUGAAAGUCUCCCUUUGCUCUCUUUUCAUUUGGACAAAGCUAAUCCAUCAGCACCACCUGUUUUGGACUUCUCAAAAUUAGAGGAAGGUUUUCCCACACCUUCCUCCCUUUCUCAUAAACUUUACAUCCCAGUUUGUCAGCCUGAUGUGUCAUCACAAUCACAUCAUCAAAAUGACCUCAUAGACCCAGCAGGAGAAAUUUCAGACCAAUCAGAGCAGGUUGUCUCUGAACAGCAUAGUACAGUCUUACCCCCAAAUAACAGACCGCAUUCUCACAAUGAUAACAAUGAUCGUGCUCUGUCCUGUCAGAUCCAAAAUGGUACAAAUGCCAAGAUGAAUGAUAUACUGUUGGAAAAAUUUCAGAGGAAUGAAAAACAACAGGAAGAAAGUGAGGGACACGGUCCCCAACUUUCUCAAGAAGCUGUCGUUUACAUCUCAGACACAGAAACUCCUGCUAAUCUGUCAGAAGGUUCUGCACCUUCACCUUCUGAAGUAGAAAGCCAGUCAGAAAUGGAUACACUGGUCAACUCCUCUAUUGUGCAUGAUGACAUGUCAGCAAAGACAAAACAAAACGAUAUUAGAAAACUCUAUCAAAAACACGUUGCUGGUAAAGAAAGUGAAUCACCCGGGAGUUACAUACGUUUACACGAUCAAGUUGCACAGGCACACAGUGGAGAUGAAGUAAAACCCAAUAAUCUCAUUGUGAUUGAGAACUUAGAUCUGGUAUUUGAAACCUCAGUAGAUGACUCUGAUAAUGAGAAUAUAGAUUUAGAUGACUUUUUUCAGCAGCUUGAUACUGAAGGGCGAGUCUAUUGGGCAGAACCCAUCCAGUUGUCCAAUCCAACCCCUGAAGCGUCAGGAAGCUUUGAAGUCUCAGAUGGAUCUCCUGGAAAUCUUCCUGUAGAUUCAUUUUCUUCCACAGGCAAUGCCAUCCCUUUACCGUUGUCAUACUCAGUGAACACAGACAGAGGCCAGACCUCAAGAGCUGCAAAUGGCUCCUUGGAUGUACCUUCCUCAUUGACAUCCACAUCCCAGUCUGCAAUCCCGAAUGUCAGACCAUCAAAUCGUUCUGUUUCAGUUCAAAUGGCGUCAUAUCUGUCUUCUCAUAUUGUCCACAGAAAGGAUGUUCCAUACACUCCUGAGUCACAAAGCACUCGUCUCCCUAUCAUUCUACCUUUGGACACCUCCAGCCCCUUUCGUGCUGUCCAGUCAUGGACAGACCUGCAAAUUCAGCGCAGUACUCUGACCAAGAAUUUAUCAUAUGGGGCUCUUCAUGCUGUUCCAAACAAAACGAAUUUGUCCAUGAGUUGCCCAGGAAUGACACAAAGACCAACGGAUCAAGAGCUCUUCUCUUCAUCGCCUUCUUUCUUUCACCUGUCUAAUAAUUGGAAAUCACAGGAGACUAUCCCUGACAUGGCUAUAAAUUGUAAGACAGAGUCAGUAUCUGUAGAUACAGGAUUGUGGCCGGAUGAGCAGGAAGAAGACAUGAACAGAAAUGGAAAUGAAACUCAGAAGGAACUUUGGGAGGGCAAUCAGCAAGACACCAUGGCAUGCUGUUGCUCCUGUGACCAUACCUGCUGUAUUCACAAGAGUAACAACAAGGAACCCACUUUCGGAAACAGUCCUUACUCUCUGGAUGAGCUGGAGGAGAUGUUGCUGUGUCUGCAGCAGUUUUGGUCUGUGCUAAGUAACAUGGAGGAGCAACUCUCUGAAGACCAGGCUGCUGUGUUCAGUUGUCUCUCUGACCAGGACAGGGAGAAGAUUCGGGACAUCGAAGAGCUGAGACGUGCAGUAAAACAAGAGGCUGGUGAGCUGGAGAGGCAGUUAAAAGAACUGGCCUAUGAGUAUGAUGAAAGCUUGAAAAUGAAGAUGCACAGAUUGUUGGAUGAACAGUCUCUCCUCUGCUCUCAAGUUAAAGUCUUUCUACCUGGAACAGUUCCCACAUCAUCAUCUAAACCCAUGCCCAACAGGACAGUAGCCACUCAGUGCUCUUUGCUACCCUUGCUCACCGCAGCUGACAUACAGAGUAGCCACAUUUCUGAUUGGAAAGGCUGGAAGACUCUGAAACCUGGACUGGAUUCCAACAGACAGUCACUUCCUGGGUCUGAGAGCAUCUGUGAUGGUCAGGGCGGUUCUCCCACCAAAGCAGACAAGCUAGAUAUAGUAGGCUUCUUGCAGAGACUGAAGGAGACUUUGCAUCAUUCUGUGAACACAGACUCAUCAGAAUAAGAGGUGUCAGGAACAUUGUGUGAUGCACACCUAUGUUUUGUCAAUAUUCCAUUCUUUCAAAGCCUUAUUGUAUGAGAUGUGCAGUUUUAGUGUUUACUUAGUAUUUCUGUAAUUUUUUGAGUCUUACUGUUUGUGUCAGUAUAAUGGAUCUGCUAACAAGACAACCAAAAGAAAAGAAAGUGAA